CGUACGCAAUAUCUUAAUGCGGUUAAUACUUUUUCUGAAUUAUUAACCAUGGGUGUAGUUCCCGUUGUUAAUGAAAAUGAUACUAUUUCCGUGAGUGAAAUCAAAUUUGGAGAUAAUGAUACUCUUUCAGCUAUAACGGCUGGAAUGGUUAAUGCAGAUUAUUUAUUUUUGAUGACAGAUGUUGAUUGUUUAUAUACUGACAAUCCCAUGACAAAUUCAAAUGCUAAACCUGUAGAAGUAGUUGAAGAUGUUGGUGCUUUAAGAGAUAAAGUUAUUGUAUCAUCAGCUGGGAGUUCACUUGGAACGGGUGGAAUGGUAACAAAAUUAAUUGCAGCAGAUCUUGCAACAGCGGCAGGCGUAACAACAAUAAUAUGUCGUGGAUCAGCACCUAAAAAUAUAAUAUCUAUUAUUAAUAAUCUACCCAACGACGAUAAACAAUGUUCAUCAUCAUUACCUCUUCACACGCGAUUUAUCGCAAAAGACAACCCGCUGUUGGAUCGUAAGUGGUGGAUAUUACAUGGUUUGCAUACUGCGGGUACUAUAUUUAUUGAUGAAGGUGCUGUUAGAGCGAUUACAAAGGCGGGACGGAAAAGUAGUUUAUUUGCUGCUGGGAUUGUCAAGGUUGAUGGAUAUUUUGUUGCUCACCAAGCAGUUGAAUUAAAGAUAGAAAGAACUAUAAACCGUGAAAAUAUAGAUGAUAUUGAAGUUGUAAUGAUUGGUAAAGGAUUGGUGAAUUAUUCUUCUACAGAAAUUUCUAGAAUCAAAGGAUGUCAAAGUUCUGAUAUUGAAAAGAUGCUAGGUUAUGCUGAUUCAGAAUGCGUUAUUCAUAGAGAUAAUUUAGUGAUCACAGUUAAAAACGAUGAUUGA